AUGAUAAUCGUGGCAUUAGCAUUACCACAAAAAUACUCGACAAAAUACGAUAAUAUCGAUAUAGAUUCGAUAUUGAAAAAUGACAGGUUACUAGAAUCUCAUGUAAAUUGUCUUUUGGACAAGGGGCCAUGUACAAAAGAAGGACAAGAUUUUAAAGAUUAUUUACCGGAAGCAAUUGAUACAUCUUGCGAAAAAUGUACGGUAGCACAAAAAAGAAUUGUUAAAAAAGCGGCAAAAUAUUUAAUGGAAAAGAAAAAACCAGCAUGGGAACAAAUUCGUAAUAAAUACGAUCCAAUGAACGAACACACGAAAGAUUUUAAUAAGUUUAUGGAAGAACCAAUCGAAUGA